AUGUCUCCUCAGCCAGGCUCAGCGACCCCCGAUGCCCGCGCAUUGAGCCGGUUCUUCGAAGACGCCGCUCACAUCCUCGGUGGGGCUAAUGUCUCCCGUGACUAUCGGCAUGGGGCCUUAAAAGGUCCCCAAGGCGAGGACUCCUACGGCGACCCUUUCUCGACCAGUGCGAGCCACAAGCCUGGUGGGGCGGUUAGGCCUGGCAGUGUGGAAGACGUCCAGGAGAUUGUCAAGCUCGCCAACACCCACAAAUUGGCUCUGUGGACGGUUUCCCGAGGGAAGAAUCUGGGGUACGGCGGAUCGAACCCUGUCGUCAAAGGAACCGUCGUUCUCGACCUGCAGCGGAUGAAUAAGAUCAUUGAGGUGAAUGAGGAAUAUGCGUAUGCCAUCGUUGAGCCUGGUGUCUCUUUCUUUGAUCUUUACGAAGAGAUCCAAAGGAGGGGACUCAAUCUCUGGCCGUCCGUUCCAGCGAUCGGAUGGGGUUCCGUCUUGGGCAAUACCCUUGACCGUGGCAUCGGCUACACGCCGAAUGGAGAACACUCGCAAUCGCAGUGUGGCAUGGAGGUUGUCUUGCCGAACGCAGAUGUGCUCCGCACAGGUUCAGGCGCGAUGAAGGACAACAAAGCCUUCCCGUUGUUUAAAGGAGGGUUUGGACCGAGCCUCGACGGCCUUUUCUACCAAUCCAAUCUUGGCAUUGUCACAAAACUCGGCAUCCAUAUAACCCCGGCCCCAGAAGCAUACGCCACAGUCGAGGUUAGCGUGCCCCGAGAGGAAGACCUAGUGCCGCUUGUAGGGACGCUUUCCGACCUGAUGCGCCGCUCCAUAAUCAUCAACUCUCCCUCCGUCGCCAACAUAUUUCGCAUCGCGCUGACGUCUAGAGUCCCCGAAGUCCACGCCAAGCUAGCCGAGUACAUGCAGAUGGGCUCCUACGUGCCGUACAAGGUGCUGGAAGAGAUCCGCGCCGAACAAAACUGGGGAUUCUGGAAAGCGUACUUCGCCCUCUACGGCUCCGUGGAAAUGCUUCCCGCGCUACGGAAAACCGUCGAGCGUGCCUUCUCUGGCAUCCCUGGAGUCCAGAUUGAGUGGCGCGAGUUCCCCGGGUCCCCAGGCCGCUCCAUCAGCACCGCCGAGAUCAAAGAGGAGGAAAUCCCGCAUAGCGGCAUCCCGACCUUGGCGCCUCUGGGCAUCGUGGAUACUCGGGGGCAAAAAGGAGGCAGUCAUAUCUGCUUUUCGCCCAUCAUCCCUCCAUCGGGCCGCGAGCUUUACAGCUGGUACUUGACUGCGAAGCAGCAAACCAUCGAUGCAAAGUUUGAUUUCUUUGCCGACUUUCACAUCUACCCACGAUAUGUGAUUGGAAUCCUGUUAGUGAUUUACACGCCUGGAGAGGACAGCGCGGUCGACGGGCUGUACAGGAAUCUGCUGCAUGAUGGCUCCAAGCAAGGGUACAUGGAGUACCGCACGCAUGUUAACUACAUGGAUGAUGUGGCAGCAAAGCUGGACUUCAACCAGUCAGCAUUUAUGCGGUUUACAGGCUUACUGAAAAACACCUUGGACCCAAAUGGGGUCUUGUCGCCAGGCAAGUCGGGUAUUUGGAAUUCGGCAGCUGCAGUUUAA